AUGGCAUAUAUACAUGUUGCGACGCAACUUCGACUCGCUGUUGGCAGGGCUGUUUCCUUUGGAGAUCCCAAGUUCCUCCGAUCGUUAUUGCUCAUGAUAUUUGGGAGCCUGACUGAACUUCGAAAUGCUUGUUCUCACUUGGGUAUUAACUUGCAUUCUGAACAACAAAGCUCUUCCGGGAAAAAGAGUCAAGCCUCUACUUCGAUGGCAAAGAAAGGGCAACCCGUUAAUACAGGCGAGUCGGCCGUAACGCCUACCGCGGAGAAAACUCCACCAACAAGGCGAUUACGCAGUGAUACUACGAUUGUGCAUCCUAUAGCCGUUCCCAACUCAAACAAUGUGAUUUACCAGCAGCCAAAUUCAAACAUAACGCCUGUUCAAUUCAACGCUCCCUACACACUGCCAUCCGUGCCGAUGUCACCCCAGAACUAUGACUGCCGAAGCCGAUCGAGCAGCAGAUCCAAUACCCGAUUAACUUCGGGUUCGCCGUCAUUAGCCAACACCCCACGGUCCGGCGAAACGUUCGGCACAACCAAUACCUUAGCUUCUAGUCGUACCAACAUAUAUGCGGCUUUAGAUGAAGUUGAGGUGGAGCGAAUAUUUGAGAAGAUAUUCUUCCAGCUCACAUCUGCAUAUACAGCGGCGCUACAUGCACUACCCUAUGCUGCUCGGCAAUUUACCCAGUACCUUGAAUUAGCUGAAGAGACGAGAGCACCAGAAGAACUACGAAUCCUUUGCCAUAAGCUGAUUCUUCGGUGUCGUGUCUGUCAAGAUGUAUCAGAAUCACUACGUCACCGCCUCUCAAACAUGACAUUAAAAGAGCCUGGCUAUGGGACUAGGAACCAGCGCGAGUUUUGGCAACUUUGCAAAACUUUCAUUCAGGUAUUCGUCGAACUAGUGACAGACAUGCGGGAGGCAAGGAAUUUCAACCUCAUCAAUCCUGAAGUCGUCAUUGUACUUCGCCCUGUGCAGAAAGCAAGCAGAGAAGCCGGUCGGCUGAUUGAUGCUUCUCCUUGGUCUUACCUGGCUGAAUUGAACACUUCCAACCCGACGACAUUUUAUCCACCUCAAACCCAAGCCCAGCAUUUCCCACACUACACCAAUUCUUCAACAUCGACGAUGUUGAGUACGGCCUCGACGUUGACCAAUGGAUCAUCAUCACAAUUCGUACCUCUUCCUGCAACACCAUUAAGCGCUGCGCUUGGUCCAGCAGCUCAAGCAACAGUACCAUCAACACCUGCGAGCGCGUAUAGUGACCGAUUCUUCGCGGGCGAUGUGUUCCAAAGAGCAGACUCUGUCCUCAACACUGCCAACCCGGCACCCAUGUUUGCGCGUCGAUGA